AGAUUUGUCCAAUGUUCCCCCUGAGUAGUUGAUUGAGUUGGGGAUAAGAGAGAGAGAUAGGUGGUGCUAGGCUGCUAGGACUUGGGAAUUGGACUGAAAAUGGGGCCGAUCAUACAGUUCUUCAAAUCAAGUCCUCCCGACAAUGAUAAUGGAGCACGCGUGAAGUCGUUGGAUACCAGCAACAGGGUCGGGUCAUGCAUGGCGACGACUUCUAGCUGAAAAGAAGACUCACGCGUAGACGAAAGAAAGACCGUUGAUUUCUCAAUCAACUGAACUUCCAAGGCUAUUCUGUUUGUUCGUCAGCGGUCCUGAGCAUCCGGGGUGUUUGAGGAAUACACACGGGCGGCGAUCAAGUCCAAAUAACAAAUGGCCGAGAUGAUUGCUUCAGCGGUGGUGGGCGAGACGGUCGGCAGGAUCUCCACCAUCCUAAUCGACAAGCCUGACACAAAACCAAGCAAGAGAGACGAGCUUGAGAGGCUAGAGAUGGCCCACAUCAAGUUGGAGGCCGCGCUGCACAUGUCCAAGAGAUGGCAGAUCACCCAAGUUCCCAUGCUUCGCUGGCGGAGCAAGCUGAAGCGCGCCGCCCAGGAGUGCGAUGACACGCUGCGCCGCUGCAAGCAGCGCGCCCUGGAACUGGAAGAAGAAGAGAUCAGGAGGCAGCGCUCCUCCUUCCCUAGACGUAUCACCCAUGCGGCCAAGUCAUUGAUCAUGUCGUCUUUCAGCAGCAGCAACAAUACUUCUUGUGUAACUGUCGACGACGUCAGAAGAUUCGAGAGGUUUGCAGAUGGCACGGGCGAAUUCCUCAAGUUCGUCGAGUUCGGCAGGCGGCCAUACACGUUCUUCAACCCUCUCAUCGGCGACCUUCUCGCAGGAAAGAUACUGCGCUACCGAGCACUGCAAGGGGGCAAGUUCCAUUACCUAUUCAUACGAGCCACCAGCUUCGAGGAGCGCGGUGUGGAAACAAUGGUUUGGUUUGUCUAUCAGGAUUUCAAGGAACCUGCAAAAAGUCUCAAUCUAGGGCUGAUGAUGCGUCUCUCCGAGAGCAGUGACAUAUUUGGGAUCAUAAUUAAGUGUAUGCAGUCAGCUACACCUCACUUUACGGUUGCUGCCCAAGGUGUGAGGAGGGAGCUCAUUGGGCUACCCACGCAGGAUUUUUGCUGGCUCACCAAUUCUCCUUUCCGCGAGAAUGAGUACUGGGUCCAUGUGCACAUCACAUUGACCCAGUGGCUUCGUCCAGACCCACUCUGUUGCAGCUACAGACAUCAAGCUCCUUCUAGUUCUACCAACAGCAGCGCCUCGAUCGCGCCGUCCACGAGAUUGGCUUGUAUGUAUCCAGAAGAGGUUAUCGUGGUGUAUUUGCAGUACCACAUCUUGCCGCCUGAUCAGCUCAGAAGCCGGCAGAAUUUUUCAGCUACUAGAGAUUCAGGUUCGGCUGAUCCUCUCAAGCUCGGGGUGCUUUUUAUUCCCCACGACUCCACGGAAGACAUUGAGGCUGCAUCUGAGAGCUAUGCUUUCGAGGUGAUUGAUGGAAAGGAACAAGAAACGCUCCACAUAAAUGCAUCUCUGCAAGAUGUAGAUGAGAAGCUGCUUCCCAAGGCCGUAGAUCACCUGUGCCAGGAUUCAGAAUCCAAGAUAUACCAGAUGUGCUUGAGGUCCAAGCAUGGUACUGCGCAUCUCUGCGUAGAGAAGACGACACAAGCAGCACGUGUGCCAAGUACGGGGAAAAAUCGCACCCUUAAAUCAGCAUCACGGGUUCAAAACAAAAGGAUAGAGAAGAAGAAGAAGCGAGAGGAUCAUGGGAGUAACAUGGACGGAUGGCUGGACGUGUCCAAAGACCUGCUUAAGUAUUGGGUUGUUUGUGCAUCCGACAAGCUACACGGCUCAAUCAAGUCUUGGAUUGUUAACUCCCCUAAGUGCACCUACUCGCUCCCAUGAGAUCAUCCUCUUUUAUUCUUAAAAAAAACAAAUCUUAACCUACGGUGGUAUCAAUCGCAUGGUAUGUAUCCACCGUUUUCUUUUGUCAAAUCUUGAACUAUGAUCGUUGUUUGUAUCACUACCAUAUUUGUAGAGUUAUGCCAACAGUUUCAUCCUAUAAUAUAGUGAAACAACAUCUUGAUUUUGUUGCUUUAA